UCAGACCCCUGCAGUGUCCCCCUCAAGCCCCCGCCCAUGGAUGACGAUCCCUGGGUGGGUACCUGGCGGCCCCACCGCCCCCGCGGCCCCAUCGCCGCCCUCUAUGGCAGCCCCGGGCCCAAGUACGGGCUGCCUCCCGCCCUGGGUUAUCAUCUUCACGACAUCUCGCGGCACCGAGCCCCCGCCUACAGUUUCGGGAGGAAAGAGGACAUCUCGGGGAAGGAGCGCUCCCCCGGGCCCGUCUACAUGCUGCCCCCCAGGACCACCGCCCGCGGUCGGGACUUCUCCCCCGCCUUCUCCAUCCACAGCCGCCCCCAAGAACUCUCGCUCCACCAAACCCCCGGCCCAGGACGCUACAAUCUGGAGCCCUCGAACAAGGUGGUCUUCCCCACACCCCCGGCAUACACCCUGCGCUCCCGCACCCGGCACUUCAGCGGACCCCAGACCCCGGGCCCCGCUGCCUACCGCCUGCCGCCCCUGCUGGGACCCCGGUUGGUCUCCAAGCCCUCGCCCCCAAACUUCUCCAUGACCGGGCGCAGCGAAGUGGGGACUUUCUACCAGGACCUGCGCAAGACCCCCGCCCCCUGCACUUACCAAGUCGUGGACACCGACGUGUACCGGCGCCGCGCUCCCAAGUACAGCAUCAUCGGCAGGGACGAGCCCGCCCCCCUCGCUGCCACCCCCGGGCCCAGCGACUACAGCCCCGCAAAGGAGAAGCCGCGGGGGGUGACCUUCGGCAUCCGGCACUCACCCUACGUGACCACCGUGAUGGAGAGCGACUAAGGGGGUGCUGGGGCUGGAGGACCCCUCCCCCGUGCCCUCCCAACCUCUGGGGCUGCGCUGCCCCCGGGGGUCCCGACCCCCCCCCCUUCCCCCGCGGUGUUCUCGGCUCCAUCGCGGCCAAUUUC